AUGACAGACUUUGCAAGACCAACUAUGAGGAACAACCCGGACCACAUUAUAAUACAUAUUGGUACAAAUGAUGUACGCCAAAGUAACCCAGAAGAUGUCAUUAGAAAUGUUGAAAACUUGUGCAAUCAGAUCAAAGACCAAUGUCCCCGUACUACCAUAUCACUAUCGGAACUGAUUGUUCGCAAUGACUUUCCUGAUGCUACUACUAAGAUCAACAAAAUUAAUAAUGAACUGCUAUGCCUUAGUAGAUCUAAAGGCUAUUAUCUAAUUAAUAAUUCAAACAUCAGUGUGCAAAAUCUAGAUAGAUAUGGCCUUCAUUUCAAUGGUAGUG